GUCAGUGCAGCUCAUUGCACUUUCAGACACUGACAGAGGCAGAUGACACACUGAAGACCGGACACUGUCUAUUCUCAAUAUUCUGCCGGCAUGCAUCAAUAACACAGCAGCAGACUUUGACGUUUCUUUAACUUUGGUCUGUUGAGCGGUUGCUGUUUUUGACUUUAAGAACUUUUACUGCGCAGUGACGCGCACACAGCGAGCGAACAUGCACUGUCAAGCCGAGCUGAGACUCGCCUCGCCAGGCCAACUGAAAGCAGCCAGGCGGCGCUACAAGACGUUCAUGAUCGACGAAAUCCUCUCAAAGGAAACUUGUGAUUACUUCGAAAAGCUUUCGCUUUAUUCGGUGUGUCCUUCUCUCGUCGUCCGUCCCAAACCUCUACAUUCAUGUUCGGGGUCUUCCUCUCUGCGUGCGUACCCGCUCCUGUCCGUCAUCACCCGCCAGCCGCCCAGCAUCCCUCACCUGUCUCCCCCGUCGCCGCCCGGACAGGUGUCCCACCUGCCCCUACUCUCCCCUCAUCAUCAUCAGCGGCCGGUGGAGCCGGCGCCCAGCGAGACGCCGGUCAGCAUCAGCAGUGAGUCGGACACGGAGCACUGCGGUGCGGCGCGCCUCAAGAAGCCCCGCCGCAGCCGCACCAUCUUCACCGAGCUACAGCUCAUGGGUCUGGAGAAGAAGUUCCAGAAGCAGAAGUACCUCUCCACACCCGACAGAUUGGAUUUAGCUCAGUCUCUGGGCCUGACUCAACUUCAGGUGAAGACCUGGUACCAAAACAGACGAAUGAAGUGGAAGAAAAUGGUGAGUGUGUUAAAGGGAGGGCACGAGGCCCCCACCAAGCCCAAAGGGCGGCCCAAGAAGAACUCCAUCCCCACCACUGAGGAGAUCGAGGCGCAGGAGCGACUGGCGGCCAUGAUGGCCGAGGAGGAGCGUCAGAGACACGCACAGGCACAGACAGAGGCCCAGGCGCAGUCCCCGGUCGCCCAGGGACACCCGUACCAGUCCCAGCCCCAGGACCUGAGCACGGGCAGCGGGGCCACGGAGCCCCAUAGCUCCCCACCGGUGGCCCCCAUGGGGCCAGCCACCAGAGAGCAGCAGCUGCUAAAACCGCUGUCGUCACCACAGACGCACGCAGCCAGCUAAACGCUAACUCCUCCACCACACACACACACACACACACACACACACAGCUAAAGACUUGGCCAGGGGGUCAUUGCAUUCAGAAGCACUUAGUGCCUCAAGAUCCCCCAACCCCGUCAAGAGCUGUGAUCACAAUGUCAGUGUAAUAAGUCAGUGAAUGUCUGAAAGGUGUUUUCUUUCAGUCUGUGGCUGUACCUCCAAGUGGAGACGUCUGUACUGUUAAACUGCUACAAGGGGUUUGAUUGGAUCUCCAACUGCCUUCUCAUUUACUAUUUCAGUGUUCGUUGUUCAUGCUGCCAGAACUGCACGCACAUACAUGCAAGCUAUGAUGCAAGCUAUGAUCAAUCUGCCAAUGAGGUUUAUCUCACUUGCAAACACUCAAGUGAAUCACUCAGACAGACAAACUCCGAUGAGAUCAUGCUCUGACUAUUUUAUUUUAGGCUAUUUUUUUUAAUUGGUAGCCAUUAUUUAUGUAUAAAGCACUGAGAUUGUAUUCAGCUGUAAUGUCGAUCCAUUGUGUGCUAAAAGACAGACAUGGAGCAUUAAAUCUGCCCUGUUGGAUUUGUUGCCUUCUCACAGAAUAAUCAAACAAAUGUUGCCUUUUUCAAAACAAAUGUCAGUAUAAGUAUUAGAAUCAGGUGUAUAUUUACAGUAUUGUAUUGUAUUUUUCUAUUACAGUAAAUAUUGCCUUCUGGAAGAGGUUUGCUUGGGUGUAGAGGCCUUUUUUCUGGUUGCCUUUUGAGUGAGUGAUAACAGCUAUUUUAACCAAAGCUACAAAUCGGAGUAUUUGACUAGCAGAACUAUUUCUACUAUUCCCUUUGAUUAUUUGUUUUUUUAAAUACAUGUGUUGCCUGCACCCACUUUCCUUCAAAGUGUGAAAUUUAUAUUUAGAGAUGAAGAUGUACCAUAAGCACUGUAUCAUAGCUAUAUAUUCAAUAAAAAGAGAGGACACUCAACCACAUCAUACAUUCUAUUUUUUAUCUUGAUGAAUAGAAAUUAAAGUUGGCGUUGACUUGUUUUCCCCCUCUAUGUGCCGAAUCUGUGCUUACACUCAGGAGGCAGACUGAUUUUAUUGCCACAAGGAAAGCCUCUUAAGCUGUCAGAGGCUCAGAAAUUGAAUAAAUCACGGCCGGUGCCAGUGAAACAAGGAAGUUGCCAAACAUGUGAAAUCUUUCAGUAAUGUUUGAGCCUGCAGGCAUUUGAAUAAACGGCAAAUAGACUGACAGUCUACAAACUCCUACAUAAAAACACCCCGUCCGAUUGCAUGUCAAAGCUUUGGUUCACCCCCAUGCCUGUUAUUUCCAGUCAGCAUUUUGAAUUGUAAAGUUGAUGGAGGAUUUCCAGCUUGACAUAUCUAUCUAUCUAUCUAUCUAUCUCAACCUCUCUCUCUCUCUCUCUCUCUC